AUGGGUCGCCAGGAGAUAUUUGUUGCCAAAGGCAAUGUUUACUUUUGUUAUGGACAUUGGGGUAUCACAUUGAAUGAGAUUGAACAGCUCUGGCCAGUAUAUCAACUCAGUGAAGUGGAGGUGGCAUUGAUUUGCAAAGCAACCCGUGAAGGCCUCAGAUAUCUCCACAAAGACCUGGACGUCUGCUAUGGUGGCCUGACAGGUGAAAAUGGUUUAAUAACUGAAGGGGGCGAUGUGAAAAUCAGUAAGAACCAAUUCAGCACAAUGCAGAAUUUAGAUGACUUGGUUGCAGCUGGUUUUGGCGAGUCUCUUCUGAAGAAGCCUAAAAGUAGCAUACAUAGCAAGGCCAAAGACAUUCAGGCUGUCUGCAACGCAGCCCGGAGACUGCUUCGGUUUGGGCAACCAACUAGAGUACGUGGCACGAUUAGCCUGCUUGCUGAGGAUUUCGCCGAUGCACCACUGACAACAACCGCUGAUGACCUCCUACAGGUAAAAGUCAUUGAAUAA